GACAAAGCAAAACUAUCGCCACCAAGUUAAUGGCUCGGUCAAGCCUCGCUUGGUUCGUUAUGCCUCACCGUCCCGUCCGUAUGUGACCCUUUCCCCUGUUUGAACGCCCCUCCUCAACAUUCUCUACACAUACAUUAUUGCGCUCUCCAAAGGAAGAAGACCCCGAGCAGACCACCAACAACCCAACAUCCGUGACCACGCCAAGACAGCUCCACCGAAACCAACAACUCAAACGGUGGUAAAUUAACUGAUUUCAAGCCCAUGCUCAGGGGUGCAAGGUUUAUAGGACAAAAAAAUGUCAUUUCCUGAAUGCAGAGAGUGAACUGACUGUGCUGUACAGAGGCUGAGACUGUUCCUCUGCUGGUUACGCGCUCGUCUUUCAUUGUAUUUAUAUGUGGGUGAGCAAGUGUAGCACCUCCCAGCUUCUUUGGUCAUAGAUCUGGUCUCCCCUUGUAGACUAUACACUUACUGUACGUACAACAUGCAUGUUAGAUUUAGCGCGGUCCUAUAGCUGAGGAGGGACCCUAGGCUUGUCCAAAGGGCCCCCUCAUUCUCACCACCAUUCACGAUCUCUCUCCUGUACUUCGGAUCGCAAGAUAGUGCUGAAACAUGCCGAGACACUUGCAGUGCAGCUCGGUUCCAUCCCAGGUCGGCGUGGCGGGUUCUGUUUUUUAACUGGAUCUACUCUGGGGCAUGGUCUGCCUCACCACAGCUGAAGAGAACUAUUGCAAAUGACUUAAAGGUGCAACGAGUAGCAAUAACUGCCCAAUAGCGAGGUGAAGAAUACAGAAGAUCUAUACACCAAUAUUCAAAUCGAUGUUCGAUCAAGCCACGAAUAUGGGCGAUGAGAUCGCCGAGGAUCGCAACAACCACCGCCUUGGAUCCAACUCUCAGUGCCGUGACCGGAUAAACAAAUGCCAUACCGAACUUGGGGGCAGGUCGCCGGUGCAGAGCACAACCGAUACCCCGGGUACAUCGGCUUCCACCCCGACCUCCUCCAGUGAAGACGGACAUGAUAAACUUUUAGGAGUGGACCCAGACUACUGCCGGAGGAUUUUAGUUCGAGAUGCCAAGGGCACCAUCCGGGAGAUCGUGUUGCCAAAGGGUCUGGACCUCGACAGGCCAAAACGAACGCGGACAUCAUUCACCGCCGAGCAGCUCUACCGACUCGAGCUGGAGUUCCAGCGCUGCCAGUACGUAGUCGGCCGCGAGCGCACUGAGCUGGCGAGGCAGCUGAACCUGUCCGAAACACAGGUCAAAGUGUGGUUUCAGAACCGUCGUACCAAGCAGAAGAAAGACACAACCAAAGACUCUGACAAGCGCUCCUCCUCCACCUCCGAGUCGCUGGCCACCUGUAACAUCCUGCGCCUCCUUGAGCAGGGGCGCCUCCUCUCCGCCCAGCCCCCCAACCCCCUACUGGGCACCCACCACCCAGGAAACGGCUCUCUUUUAGGCAGCCCCGGAGGCUCCUCCUCGCCGGGUAGCAGCACACCACCGAGAAAUGGCGUUCAUGGGAUGGGCGGGACUUUCGGGCUGUCGUUGCCCUCCCUGGGUGGGACUCCGCCCUCGUCGCGUCUGGGCAUGCCGCCGUCGCACUCACUGUGCUUCUCCAUGCCACUGCUAGGGGGUGCUCAUCAUGAACUGGCAUCCGGGUAUGGGUGCGGAUCCUCUGCGUUCGAACCCUACAUGCGGCUGGACAGGAUCUCCAAGGAUGGCGAUCUGACUGGGAAGAAGACAGUUUCCUAAGGGGCGGCUACUUGGGGUUUUGGGAUGGGGUUAGGAUGACUCCCCCCUCUCUCCCUCCAUCCGGUCUACCACCACCUAUCCACACACCAACAUUGUUGUCCGUCGUUGGUUGGAUCACCAACAUCAUUGUCCAAGAUUGACUGACAAGGAUGGACAGACAGACAGCUGGGUGGAGGUGCACCUCAGAAGGAGCAGGGCUAUCCUUGCGCAGCCGUGUUGUCAUUGGUUGCACCCUGUACCCACCUGUUCUCCAGCUACUUGCUACUAAAUAUUGUCUAUAGAUUACAUUACAAGGAGUGCAACCAGUUACCCCUUCAAUACAUUACAUACUUCCCAGCAAAAUCAUCAUGUGUGGCAGCUUUCUGCCAGAACGUUCUAAGUCAAAUAAUCAUACACUUUAGCAGUUUCUAAUAUUAGUUCGUAUUGUAUAGUGUCCAACACUGAUUCCUGUAAAUUCUUUAUUUGGUUGGUUCUGUGUGUGUUUUAAAAUGUGGACAAAUGGUGUGUAAACUAAAUCUAGUCUUAGGUCAAGUCCAUGCUAAGAAAUAUAAAAAGAAAAGGUACUGGGGAUAUGUCCUCUCCAAAGUAAUGGGUUAGCGAUAGCGCUGUUAGCUUCAUCUCUGCUCUGCGCUACACCCUCACGUUGUUUUGUCGUACAAUUAACUGGAGUAAAUUCGAGGUCAACCUGAUGACCCCCGUUCAGAUAAUCUCAGAAUGUUUUGGAACACAAAAGGGUUUAUCAUGAUGGGGGGGUGGGGGAUUUGUAUUUGUUUUUAGUGUACAUAAAAUGCAACCCAUCUAUCCGGUACGUAUACUACCGCAUCACCUGGUAUUCACCACUCAUUCUCUUGUGGUUGAAUGUUGAUCACCUAGGUUUGGUGCACAGACACACAGACACAGACAGACAGACAAUUCCUACCUAACCGGUCCAUAUCAAUACUUCUCCUUAUCUCAUGGAACUCUCUCUGUGUGUGAUGUUCUGAUAGGUCAACACACACAGGAUGCAGUACGCGUCAAUGCUUUUUAACGGUUUUUAAUGUAAAUGUUUUCUCAGAUUGGUACUUUCAAAGCCAGUUGCUUCUUUUUCCCUUCUCUUGUUGUUAUUAUUUAACAGGUAUUUGGCUAUUCCCUCCCAGACACUCUCCCGUGCACAAGACUCAUCCAUUGUUUGGUUUCCAUUAAUUUAACUUUGAUAUAAAGCACUUUAUGUUCC